ACUUGUGGCAAGCAACUGCUGGUUAAGCUGGUUUCCAGUAACCAGAGCAAGGCAGAAGUGAGACAUCGACUCGCUGAGCCAUCGUCUUCAUCUUACACGACUGGUGGAGCCCUGCAAUCUGGUGCAGGAUGGUGGUGUGCCGCCAGCCAUCCGAAUCCGACAAGACCCCAGCUUCCUAAGCGCCGGUUGGCCGGCCGUGUCUGGCCCCGUCUGCAACCCCGGCCUAUCAGAUCGUUCCGUCUGCAUCUUGACUGCACACCUCGCCGACAACUGCUAGGCCCAUGUCCCCUCCAUGUUCCUCUCAGCUGGACCUAUUAA